ACAGCUGUUUUGAUCAGCCAAAAUGACAGGAAGGUGUCAUAUCCCAGAUUACAAACGCAAGCUCUUAAUCCAACAUGAGAGAAGCACAAGGGAGGAAAAGGACAGGACAGGAGAGUAAGUGACUGAGGAAGGAACUGUGGAAAGGAUUCAGAUAAAUGCAGGGAGGGGUACACAAGCAGGUCAGAGAUGGGUUAGCUCCGAGGCUCUUGGCAGAGAUGGGGUUUGUUUAGAGGAAACGGAGCUAGGAAAAAAUGACAAAGGAAGAGGGGAGGCCAACAGGACAUUUUUUUAAGUGAAGACACUACUGGUGUUUCAGCAAACCCAAGAUAAGAACUGGUUGCCAUCUUUGCCACAAGUGAGUUUGAGAGAUUUCUGUUCAGCUAGAUCUGCCCCGGUCAACUAUAAGUGCCAUCAUUCUGAAAUGGCUGUGUGGUUCUAAAGGAAUCAAAGGAUCCUGAGCACUUAGCUCUGGCUUGCAAAACAACAUAUCAACAAGAGUAAAGAGGGUGUUUGACUACGACCUUGAAGAAAUGCAACAUUGGGAGCACUCAAGUUAUGAGCCAUCCUUACCCAUCACAGAGAAAUCCAAUCCAAUCACCAGAGAUAUUGAUAGAGCAAACCCUGAUGAAAUUGUACAAAUGCUGAAAAAUUGUGAUGCAGAGAUCUUUGACAGAACAGCAUACCUAGACUCCAUGUACCAGAAGCUGAAUAGCUGUUCCAUGGUACAGACAAUGGUGGAGAUUUCCAAGAAAGUGGAAAUUAUUCUCAAGGAUCCAGAAAACAGUCUGAUUGUCCUGAGUGGCUGUGGGACGUCCGGUCGUGUUGCAUUUCUUUUGGCGACCUCCUUAAACAGAUGGCUUGUUGCUCUUCAUCAAAAGCAAAUCUAUUCUUACAUCAUUGCUGGGGGUGACAAGGCCCUGCUAACAUCACAGGAGGCUCCAGAGGACAACCCCUCGCUGGGAGCACUCAUGCUGGACAAGGCUUCUACCGGCAAGAAGCAUGUCCUCUUCAUUGGAAUAUCCUGUGGUUUGUCUGCUCCUUUUGUUGCUGGUCAGCUUCACUUUUGUCUAAACAAUUUGGAUGUCUUCACUCCAGUGCUGGUUGGAUUUAAUCCUGUACACAUGGCCCGGUCUGAGCCCAUGCAGGACUUUCCAUUUAACUUCAAGGAGAUUGCAGAGAAAAUGAGUGAAAUGCAGAAACACCAAAAAGCCUUUGUGCUCAAUCCAGCAGUAGGGCCUGAAGUUAUCACUGGAUCUUCAAGAAUGAAAGGAGGAACUGCCACAAAACUAAUGCUGGAAACAGUCCUUUUGGCAGGACAUGAAGCUGUUUACAGUAAUGAAGCAGUAACUGCUGACAAUGUUUUGGCCUCAGUCAGAAUGAAUGAGAAAGUUUAUGAAACCACGUACUCACAGAUUGAUAAACUGGCAGCCCUGCUUCAGAAAGCUGGAGUGAGCCUGCAAGAGAAAGGACAUGUGUAUUAUCUUGGAUGGCAGACUCUUGGUAUUAUCGGGAUUAUUGAUGCCAGUGAGUGCAUCCCGACAUAUGGAGCAGCCUUUGAAGACAUCAGAGGCUUUAUUAGCAAGGGCUUCAGUGAAAUGAACAACAAAGAGGGAGAUCUGUCGUGCGUGGGACCACGUUUUGCUAUCGCCCAUACGGAUUUCGUGAACGCUAUUUUGCCCAGCCUGACUGACAAGGACAUGGUGAUAUUUCUCUUCAGUGUGGAAGAUGACCUAAAUGAAGUUUCGGAGUUGGCCAAGCGUGUAGGCCAAAACUCAUCAAACCUCCAUGCUCUCAUCCAUGACCUUGAAGGACACUGUGUUCCAAAAAGCGUGAUUGGCAUGUUUAUGACUGCCCUCAACAUCACAUGGCCCUCAUCUUUAAACAAGCACAGUUCGAUCCUAAUGAAACAGCACUGGGAGCUUUCCACCAAAUGGUGUCUCAAUGCAAUCAGCACAGGUGCUCAUAUCCUAAAAGGAAAGGUGUACAGGAAUUACAUGAUAGACCUCAGAGUAACUAACAGCAAGCUCUUCAGAAGAGCCAUUCAUAUAUUACAGAGGUUCACGAACAGCACCCAAACACAGUGUGAGACAGCUCUGUUGAGAUCCAUCUAUGAUGUGGAGGAGCUGACUGAUGAGAUAAGUUCAGCAGAUGUGACCCAGCAUACACUGAUGGCUAACCAAAAGGACAGGGUAGUUCCUACUGCGCUGGUGAUGCUACAGUCUGGCUGCACACUUGCUGAGGCUAAAUUCCACUUAGAUGCUCACCCUGUGAUUCGAAAUGCAGUGGCUGCCCACCUGAGGUUCUCUUAAUGAAGGAGUUCUGAAGACUGAAUAGAGCAAUAUUAAACCAAGUAAUAACUAACAAUGAUGAUGUCAUUUACAGUACAUUACCAAAUGUGCAAAUUAACAGCUUUAAAAAAAUACACUAUAGUCUUUUUUUUCAAUUAUUAAUCCUAAGACUCAUUAUUCAGUAACAAGUUAAUGCACAAUUGCCGUUUAUUUUCCUGAAUUUAACUUAGUGGAAAAAAACAUAACAUAAAAUGUGGCAAAGAGUCAUGACACAUUUACAUUCUUAUUUUUUUCCAGUGUUAAACUCAACAAUGCACUGAAACCGUAAAGUAAAAUUUGCAAAAAAUGCCAUAUUUAGCUGGCCUUGCCUUGGACUAAACUGCAAUGUCAAUGUUAUUGUAUUAUUAAAUUUUGCUAUUUUACUGUCCUAUUUGAUCUAGACCUUAAUCUGGGUUAACUAUCCCAAAGUCUUAUUAAGACAGAUGUCAUAGAGUAUGAACUUAUAAA